AUGUUGCAUCCAAAAUCUACAGAAAUUUACUUCAAGUUGAACAACGGUGUUAAUAUGCCCGCUCUUGGGUUAGGGACAGCGUCCCCCAGGGAACACAUGGCGGAAACCAAGCAGGCUGUGAAGGCUGCUAUCAAAGCUGGAUACAGACACAUUGAUACAGCUUGGUUUUACGGUACCGAGGGGUACAUCGGUGACGCUUUGAAGGAGCUGUUGGAGAAUGGAGAUGUAAAGAGAAGCGAUCUUUUCAUUACCUCCAAAGUUUGGCCCGUGUACUGGGAUGACGUGGACCUGUCUUUGAACGAAUCGCUGAAGAGCCUUGGGCUUGACUAUGUGGAUUUGUACUUGCAGCAUUGGCCCCUUUGUUUCCAGAAGAUUGAGGAUUCGAAGGACGGCGUGAACGGACUCAAGGGCAAACCAAUCGACAAAGACGGUAACGCCUUGAUCGUCGAAGGUGCCGACUAUCUGAGCACCUACAAGCAGAUGGAGAAAAUCUAUCUCGACCCUAAGGAUAACAGAGUCAGAGCUAUCGGUGUGUCAAACUACCCUGUAGAGUACCUGGACAGGCUGCUCAAAGUGUGCACCGUCAAGCCAGCGGUCAACCAGGUAGAGAUGCACCCACACUUACCCCAAUUUGAAUUGAGGGAGUUCUGCGAGUUGCAUGACAUAAAGUUGACCGCAUACUCUCCACUGGGAUCCUCCGGUGCACCACUACUGAAGUUGCCAUUGGUUAAGGAACUGAGCGAGAAGUACCAAGUUACUCUGAACGACGUUUUGAUUUCGUACCACAUCAGAAAGGGCUCUUUUGUUAUCCCCAGAUCUUUGAACCCGGUCAGACUUGCUGGUUGUGUCAACUUUGUCACAUUGACGGAGGGUGAAUUGGAUCAACUUGACGAUAUUGGUAGAAAGGACUCAAUCAGGUACAUUGACGGAUCCUUUGCAAAAACCAUUCCAGGCUUCACAGGUGGUAACUGA